GACACGGAGGCGUGAAUCAGCUCGGGGGCGUUUUUGUGAACGGCCGCCCUCUCCCCGAUGUCGUUCGCCAAAGGAUCGUGGAGCUCGCCCACCAAGGGGUCCGGCCGUGUGACAUCUCCCGGCAGCUCCGCGUCAGCCACGGCUGUGUCAGCAAAAUCCUCGGCAGGUAUUAUGAAACCGGGAGUAUUAAGCCUGGAGUGAUUGGAGGAUCAAAACCAAAGGUCGCCACACCCAAAGUCGUUGAAAAAAUUGCAGAGUACAAACGCCAAAAUCCCACCAUGUUUGCCUGGGAGAUCAGGGACCGACUCCUUGCUGAGCGAGUGUGUGACAACGACACCGUGCCCAGUGUCAGCUCCAUUAACAGGAUCAUAAGGACCAAGGUGCAGCAGCCACCCAAUCAGCAGGUCCCGGCUUCCAGUCACAGCAUAGGUAUUCAGGAAUCUCCAGUACCAAAUGGCCAUUCUCUACCAAGCAGAGAUUUUCUUCGGAAGCAGAUGCGAGGAGACCUUUUCACCCAGCAGCAGCUAGAAGUGUUGGAUCGUGUCUUUGAGAGGCAACAUUAUUCUGACAUUUUUUCAACAACCGAGCCCAUCAAACCAGAGCAGGCAACAGAAUACUCAGCCAUGGCCUCACUAGCUGGUGGAUUGGAUGACAUGAAGGCCAAUAUAACCAGCCCCACUUCAGCAGAUUUGGGAGCAAGUGUUCCUGGGCCUCAGUCCUAUCCUAUUGUCACAGGUCGUGAGCUGGCAAGUACAACCCUCCCAGGAUACCCUCCACACGUCCCUCCUGCUGGACAGGGCAGCUACUCCGCUCCAGCACUGACAGGAAUGGUGCCUGGGAGCGAGUUUUCUGGGAGCCCAUACAGCCACCCACAAUAUUCAACAUACAAUGACUCCUGGAGGUUUCCCAACCCUGGACUCCUGGGCUCCCCGUACUACUACAGUUUUGGCAGGAUUAAACCAAAGGCUACCUGA